CGAUGAAAGGUAGACUUGAUAUUGUCAAGGUGCUCAUCAGAUACGGUGCCAGAGUAGAUUCUCAAAAUAAAGAUGGUUGGAAUUGCCUUCACCUUGCUGCAAAGGAAGGUCAUCUUGAAGUCACAAUGUUUUUACACAACCUUUCUCCAACCUUAUGCCUCACACCAAGUAAAUCCGGUCGACUUCCAAUUCAUAUAGCAGCAUCAUUAAAUCAUCCGGAAUUGGUUUUUCAUCUUCUCACAACCUCAAGUAAUAAAAGAUCAUUUCUGUUAACCUCUGUGGACCACGGAGGAACAGAUCUUUUGCAAAAUGCAGUGAUUUCGGGAAAUUUGGAGAUGGUUAAGAAACUAAUUGAGGAUUAUGGUUGCGACGUGAAUCAUAAAGAUAAACUUGGAAGAAGCGCGAUUCAUCACGCGUCAAUGGUUGGAAAUGUGGAUAUGAUAAAGCUAUUAAUUGGAUUCGGU